AUGGGUAUAGCAAUUUUGUUCUUUUUUCGCUUCCUUUGCUGUUGCUUCUUCUUUUAUGCUCAAGUCUUCAUCUCCAUUGAUGCAAAAUGUCACCCUGAUGAUUUGAAAGCCUUAAAAAGCUUUGUCAACCGCCUUCACACUCCAGUUCAAGGUUGGGAUUAUGGCUCUUCUUCUGACUGUUGCAGUUGGAAAGGAGUGACCUGCAGCAAUCCACCAGCUUUGAAGUUCAAUGAUUCUAAUGUCUUCUCUAGAGUUGUGGGUUUGGAACUUCCAGGUGAGAGAUUAAGAGGAAAUGUUUCAGAGUCUUUGGGAGAUUUGGUUCAGCUCAAAACUCUCAACUUGUCAGACAACUUUUUCACAAAUUCUUUUCCAUCGAAUCUCUUCUCCUUGCAGAAUUUAGAGGUCGUUGACUUAAGUUCCAAUAAUUUCUAUGGAUAUGCGCCAUUGAAUAUCACCUCACCCUCCAUUACAUUUCUAGACAUUUCUAAGAACAAACUCAUCGGAGAAGUUGACCCUGGUUUCUGUCAUAUUCCAAAACAGAUUCAAACACUUCAACUAUCUUCCAACAGAUUACAUGGGAAAGUUUUGCCAGGUUUUGGAAAUUGUUCGUUCUUGGAGGAACUCUCUCUAGCUUCCAAUUUCCUCUCUGGGGAUUUGCCUCAAGAUCUGUUUGCCAUGUCCAAGCUCAAAGUUCUUGACCUUAGUGAUAAUGCGUUUUCCGGGGAGUUGAGUUUUCAACUUGGGAACCUCUCAAAUCUACUCUACUUGGAUAUUUCAUUCAAUCAGUUCUCGAGAUUGCUUCCGGAUGUCUUCUUCAACCUCCGAACGCUCGAGCAAUUCGCAGCAUCAUCGAAUAACUUCACAGGCGUUUUGCCAGUUUCAUUAGGCAAUUCACCAAGCAUUACAACGCUAAGUCUUGACAAUAAUUCCUUCAGUGGUUCAAUCGAUGUUAUCAACUGUUCAGCCAUGGCUCGUUUGGCCUCUUUGAAUCUUGGCUCUAAUCAUUUCAUUGGCCAAAUUGGGAGUCUAUCAUCUUGCAGCCAACUUCGGGUUGUAAAUCUUGGCAAAAACAGACUCGAUGGUGAUUUCCCAGAAAGCUUCAAAAAUCUCAGAUCACUUUCCCAUUUCUCAAUUUCAGGAAAUGGCAUAUGUAAUCUCUCGGCAGCACUGACAGCUCUUCAACAUUGCAAGAACUUGACUGUGUUGAUUCUGACAUUCAAUUUCCAUGGAGAGAUUAUGCCCACAAAUUUAAACUUGAGAUUUGAGAAUACAAGACUGUUUGUAUUAGCAAAUUGUAGACUCACCGGUUCAAUGCCGCCAUGGCUGAGCAGUAGCACAAAGCUCCAGAUUCUAGACCUGUCAUGGAACUCUUUAAGUGGAGAAAUUCCGUCUUCCAUCGCUGACUUGCAAUACCUCUUCUACUUGGAUUUAUCUAACAACUCGUUUUCUGGAUCAAUCCCCAGAAGGUUCACCCAAUUUCAUAGCCUCGUCAAUCUCAAGAACACAUUCAAAGGGGAGAUAUUCGAGGGAUUCCCGUGUUACAGUAGAAAGCACCGAUUCACAGUACGACAAUACAAACAAGUUUUAGGGUUUCCGCCAUUAGUGGAUCUGAGUUACAACGAGUUAAGCGGAAUGAUUUGGCCGGAAUUUGGGAAUCUGAAAAUUCUACAUGUACUAGACCUGAGCAACAACAAAUUAAGAGGAGAAAUACCAAGCAGUCUAUCAAAAUUGACGAAUUUGGAAUUUUUGGAUCUAUCCUCCAACAAUUUAACAGGAACGAUUCCACCUUCAUUGGAGAAUCUCAGUUUCCUUUCAAUGUUCAAUGUGUCUGAUAAUCAUCUUCGGGGACGCAUUCCAUGCGAAGGACAGUUUGAAACGUUUCUGAAUUCGGGGUUUGUGGGUAACGAUGAGCUGUGUGGGUGCCAAAGUGUUCGUUGUAAGGAGGAAUCCAGGGGUGAAGAGAAUUGGAUUGGUGAGGAUGAGGAGGAAAGGUGGAAGUGUGUUAUUAGAGUGCCAAUGUAUGUGGGAGGUGCGGUGGGAUUCGUUUCGACGGUGGGCGUUUGCUUCUGGUGUGGCAUGGUGUUCCCGAGGGAAAGGAAAUGGGGGCAUAAGAAGUACGUACACGUUUAUAGAUAUAAAAUAUUUGUAGAUUUCUAG